AUGGCUUCAAAUUUUACGGGAAGAAAUAAUUAUUCCUUACUGUCACGUCCUCCUCCUCCUGUUGUAUUAAACCUGUACCAAAACAAUUUGCCUUCGCGUACGUCAUCUAUGCGACACUAUAAUAAGUUUUCUAAUCCCCAUGGUAGUUCUUCAAACUUACCACCAGAAGUUUCUGAAGCUAACCUUGAAGAUUCAAAGCUUCAAAAUGAAUUGCAGUCAAGCGCUUAUACGUUAACGCCAGUUUAUAUUGAUGCAAACUUAAAAACUAUGACAAAGGGUUUGCAGUUACAACAAAGUAUUUGGCUAGAACAACCAGCAUUUAAACAAGUUUAUACUAAAAUUAUAAAAUUAAUUCAGUUGAUAAAUUCUCUGAAUAGUAAAGAAAAUACAGCUAUUUCAACUACUCUUCAAUUAAUAAAAACCCUACUUGUAACAGAUAUUCCUUACUGUUUGGAUCAACUCAAAGAAGCUAACAAUACUUACAUAAAUACUUUAUCGUCACGGAAAAAAGAUAUCGAACAUUACAAAGAUGAGGACAUGAAAUUCUUUUCUGCGGUCACGACAAGUCAUCCAAAUGCCAAUCUCAAGAAUGUUGUAGUCAUGGGCCGCAAAACGUACGAAAGUUUACCAGAAAAAUGCCGACCUUUACCGAAUCGGACCAAUAUUGUUAUUUCAACUACGCUUGAAUCAAAAACAUCUUCAGAUUUGAUGGUACUCAAAAGUCCAGCUGAUGUGGAAGAAAUUGUAAAACGUCUACCUAACGCAGGCUACGUUUUCGUGAUUGUAUACUUGACUCGAGUUAAUGGAUGUAUAGAAUGCGAUACAUUUGCUCCUUGUUUAACACAAUUAGAAGAGAAAUACAAUUUUGUUCCUGUUGCAAUUUCAAAUACGUACUCAACUACUAAAUACACAUUUGAUUUCGCUGAAUAUCAUCAAAAAAAUUCUGAUCAUCCGGAAAAAUUAUCCCAAUUUAUUAAUCAAAUAACUGGUCAACCUGACGAGAGUAACCACAUAAAAGCGUGUCCAAGUCUUAAACUAAGAACGCAUCCAGAAAUACAAUACCUUGACAUAAUUGCGAAUAUUUUAAAUACAGGAGCUAAGCAUUCUGAUAGGACAGGAGUAGGGACCAUUGCUAAUUUUGGAUAUAUGAUGCAUUUUGAUCUGAAAAACAGUUUCCCUUUAUUGACAACUAAAAAUGUGUAUUGGAAAGGAGUGGCGGAAGAGUUAUUAUGGUUUAUCAAAGGAGAUACAAACGCAAAAAAUCUCUCAGCUAAAAACGUCAAGAUUUGGGAAGGUAAUGGUAGUAGAGAAUACUUGGAUUCACGUGGCCUGCACAACAAUGAAGUUGGUGAUCUUGGUCCUGUAUAUGGGUUUCAAUGGAGACAUUUUGGUGCGGAGUACACUAACAUGCACGCCGAUUAUAAAGGAAAAGGCUUUGACCAACUGCAAAAAUGUAUUGAUACAAUCAAAAAUAACCCUUCUGAUAGACGUAUAAUAAUGACAGCAUGGAACGUUGCUGAUUUGGAUAAAAUGGCUCUUCCACCUUGUCACAUAUUGAGUCAGUUUUAUGUCGCCGAUGGGCAAUUGUCUUGCAUCUUGUAUCAAAGAUCAGCUGAUAUGGGACUUGGUGUUCCUUUCAAUAUUGCAAGUUAUUCUUUGCUUUGCUGUCUGGUAGCUCAAGUUUGCAAUUUAAGUCCAGGAAAAUUUACACAUGUUUUGGGAAACGCUCAUGUCUAUUUAAACCACGUCGAUGCAUUAAAAGAACAAUUGAAACGAUGUCCAAAACCGUUUCCGAAACUUAUUAUUGACCCUAGUAUAAAAAAUAUUGACGAAUUUGAAUAUAAACAUUUAAAAAUAGAAGGCUACCACCCACACCCUAAGAUAGUUAUGCAAAUGGCAGUAUAA